AUGUUAGCUUAUUCUAUGCGCAAACUAUCAUUAACAUUGAACAGUAACUCUAAGAACCUAAAACACAUUUUCGAGUCGAUAAAAAGAUGCGAAUUUUCCACUACAAAUAUUAUACGGAGAAAAGAAAAGGAUACGUUUGGUGAAUUGGACGUACCGGAUGAUAAACUUUAUGGAGCCCAAACCGUCAGGUCUGUCAUGAAUUUCCCCAUUGGCGGCAUAGAAGAGCGUAUGCCAUACCCUGUCAUCAUCGCAUUCGGUAUACUGAAAAAGGCUGCCGCCAAGGUAAACAUUGAAUUUGGCCUUGAUCAAAAAAUCGCCGAUGCCAUCAUCACGGCGUGUGAUGAUGUCAUUUCUGGUAAGCUGUACCGCGAAGAACACUUUCCUUUAGUUAUAUGGCAGACGGGAUCAGGAACACAGUCCAACAUGAAUACCAAUGAGGUGAUCUCCAAUCGUGCCAUACAGAUCUUAGGAGGCACGCUCGGCAGCAAAACCCCUGUUCAUCCAAAUGACCACGUGAAUAAAUCGCAAAGCUCAAACGAUACUUACCCUACUGCUAUGCAUAUAGCUGUAGCCAUGGAACUUAGAGAUCGGCUUAUGCCUGGUCUAGUAGCUCUGAAAGAAACGCUAUCAAACAAGUCGAAAGAGUUCGACAAGAUCAUUAAGAUUGGCAGAACACAUCUUAUGGACGCAGUGCCGUUAACCUUAGGGCAAGAAUUCAGCGGCUAUGUAACACAACUUGAGUUUGGAAUCCAAAGAGUGUGUGCGUGUCUACCGAGGUUACACUACUUAGCAUUGGGGGGUACCGCAGUGGGCACUGGACUUAACACUAGAAUCGGAUUCGCUGAGAAAUGCGCUGAAGAGAUUGCUAAACUUACAGGCAUCCCGUUCGAGACUGCACCAAACAAAUUCGAAGCGCUAGCUGCACACGAUGCCAUGGUCGAAGUUUCAGGAGCAUUGAAUACCAUUGCAGUUUCACUUAUGAAAAUUGUUAAUGAUAUUCGCUUGCUGGCCUCUGGUCCGAGGUGUGGUCUUGCGGAGUUACUUUUACCAGAAAAUGAGCCAGGAUCAUCAAUCAUGCCUGGGAAAGUGAACCCUACGCAAUGCGAAUCGCUCACAAUGAUCGCAGCACAAGUGAUGGGGAACCACGUGGCCUGUACGGUUGGCGGGAGUAAUGGGCACUUCGAGCUCAAUGUCUUCAAACCUAUGAUGGUAGCUAACGUUCUUCGUUCAAUCACACUAAUCGGCGACGGAUGCCAAGCUUUCAACAAAAACUGUGCAGUGGGCAUUGAAGCUAAUACAAAACAAAUAGAUAAAAUCAUGCGUGAGUCUCUUAUGCUGGUUACCGCUCUGAACCCUCACAUUGGGUAUGACAAGGCCGCACAAAUUGCGAAGACAGCUCACAAAGAAGGCGGGAACCUCAAGGAAACUGCUAUCAAACUUGGUAUCCUAACAGCUGAACAAUUCGACCAAUGGGUUAAACCAGAGAAUAUGCUUGGACCCAAAUAA